GACAGAGCACUGAAAAUUGUUUGUCUGUUUCCUCAGUGAAUUUUCAACCACAGGGCAUUACGCAAACACAGGGAGAUUAGUUGGAGAUAUUUCGGAGAUUUAUUGGAUACCUUCUGAAGGCAGAAGAAGACUGUUUUUGAUGGCUCCCAGUUCGCUGACAUCCUGCGCCUUGUGCCAGGCCAAAGCAUCGCAAUUGUGCGCCGCCUGCAGGAAUGUGGUGUAUUGCAGUCGGGAGCACCAGAAGGAGCAUUGGAAGAAAGGUCACAAGUCGGAAUGCAAGUGCUUCGAAGUAGCCACCAACGAAAUCUUGGGCAGGCAUCUAAAGGCCACCAGAGAUAUCAAAAUCGGAGAGCAGAUCUUCAAGGAGGCUCCACUGAUUGUGGGUCCAAAAGUCGCCUCCGCUCCACUUUGCUUGGGCUGCCACAGGAAUUUAUUAGCUCCCGAGAAACCCAACGGAAAUUACUACAAAUGCAGCUCCUGCAGUUGGCCUUUAUGUGGCAGGGAAUGCGAGGAAUCCCCUCACCACAAAGCCGAGUGCCAACUGAUGUCGGGUAGCCACUUCCAAUCCAAAAUAAACUAUGUACCAGGCGAAGAGGAGCGGAAGGAGUCCGCCUAUUGUGUGAUCAUGCUGCUCCGUUGCAUGCAACUUAAGACCAAGGAUCCAGAGGCUUUUGUCAAACUUUACACCCUGGAAGAUCACCUCAAGGAGCGAUUGGAGACUCCUCUCUACCAAGUACUGCGUGCCAAUCUCAUAACCUUCAUUAAAACCGUCCUGGGCCUGAAGGACUGGCCAGAGUUGGACAUCCUGCGCAUUGCUGCCAUCUUGGACACAAACACCUUUGAAAUUAGGCAACCCAGGGAAAGGAGAAAGAUUCGAGCCCUCUUUCCCGGAGCGGCCAUGAUCUCGCACGACUGUGUGCCCAACAUGAGACACCGUUUCGAUGACGAUAUGAACGUGGUUUUCCUAGCCAAGAGGAAAAUAGCAAAGGGCGAGAUCCUGAGUAUUUCCUACACCCAACCGCUGAGAAGCACCAUUCAGCGCAGGGUGCACCUCCGGCAGGCCAAGUGCUUUGACUGCUCCUGCGCCAGGUGCCAGGACCCCGAGGAGAUGGGCAGCUUCGCAGGGGCUCAAACGUGUCCGAAGUGCAAGGCAGGGAAGAUAAUUUCCCUUAACCCUCUGCAAAAUUCCACACCUUGGAAGUGCCAGCUUUGCAAUCUGAAGAGAUCAGCGAAAGAAGUUGUUACUUCUGAUGCAGAGCUUCAACAGGAAUUGGAAACUCUGGACAAGACAACUCCCUUAGCGCUUGAAGACUUCAUAUAUCGUCAUCGUGUUGAUCUCCAUGAGACAAAUACUCAUGUCCUACAAGCCAAAUACGCACUCACCCAGUUAUAUGGAAGCGCUCCAGGAUUUUCCAUGGAGGAACUCUCUGAAAAGUCGCUCAACCGAAAAGUGCAACUCUGCGAGGAACUCCUUAAGCUGGCGGACAUUUUCGAUGGCGGCUGGAGUAUUUUCCGGGGAAAUCUUCUCAUAGAUAUGGAAGAAGCUAUGGUGACUCAAGCUCUGCGCUCAGAAGACGAAGCAGAGUGUGAACAGAAACUCAGAAACGCAUCGGAAAUGCUUAGAGAGAUUCGAAAUAUCAUGAAACAUGAACCGGAAAUGCAACAGGUGCUAUUGGAGCGUCAAGUCAUUUUGAAUUCCGCCCUAGAGCGGUUUGAAAAAGUUGAAAGUUAAGAAUAUAUUUACGUUAUAGUUUUUUCCUUAAUUGUGUUGUUUUGUUGUUUGUGCUUAUAUAGCUAUAGAAUGUUUUAUACAAAAGUCAAUCAAUUACAACGUAAAGAAGGAAACACUUCCGACCCUA